AUGCAGGAAGCUCAACAGAAAGGCAUCACUGACUGCAUCACUAUUCCAUCAGAUCCCAAGGUCAUGAAAGCCGUAGCCAAUGUGCUGCCGCGCAACUUCAUCAUCCCUGAGGUGAAAGCCAACUUGACGGCAGAGGAGCGCAGUAGCAUCCUUGCACGCUUCCCGGGCCAUUGCUACAAAAAGGUAGCGAAGGUGAUGCUGGGGGAGCCGCCUCAGGACUACAAGACUUUCAUCCAACAGGCCUUACUGAAAGAGAAGAAGGAAGCAGCUGAGGCAGAGUUGGCGCGUAAAAAGGAGGAAGCUGCGCGGAAAAAGGCGCAAGAGGAACAGAGGAAAGCGCGCCAGAAGAAGGAGGAGGCAGCCAAGGCUGAAGGAAAGGAAGGGGAGAAGGAGAAAGAUGAAGCAGGUGAAGCAGAAGGGGAUGCGGCAGAGGAGGAAGUCGUCGAGGAAGAGGUGAAGGUCGAACUGACCGCGGAGGAGAAGAAGCUGUGGUUCAGACCCAAAGAGGUGCCAGAUCUGACCUCCAAGGAGAUGUCAUCAUCAUACCAAAAGUUCACAUUGCCGAGCAAGGAGGAAGGCUAUGACGAGCUCACCUUCAUGUGGUACAAAGAAGCCCAAAGCAAGGAGUACUUGAAGAAAUGGGUGCUGGAACGAAAAAUGACUCAACGAGUCGAAGACCUCCAGCCCUCGGAAUGGUUCCGAAGCAAAUACAGCGAGUGGAACAAGGUAGUCCAGCUGUGGAAAAAGAAGCAGAGCGAUUCCAAGGACCCGCAUCACCGGAAAGCUUGGGCAGCGAGGAAGGCUGCUGAGGAGAAAGCCAAAAAGGGCGACGAAGUUAAGGAGGACAAGGAGGACCAGAAGGAGGAGAAUGGCAAGGAUGAAGAGAUGAAGGAGGAGAAGGAAGUGAAGCCUGAGGAGGCCGAGGAAAAAAACGGUGAAAAACCUGAAGCAGCAGAGGAAGAGCCAGAGAUGAAAAUUGAUGCGGAGUCUUUGGAUCCUUUUGCCGUGGAGGAUGUGAUGGACAUCGGCAGCGGCGAACCCUUGUUUUUCAACUUCGCGUUCGAGGUUUGCCCCAAUUGCAAGAGUGGGGCAGGAAAAGUCGAUGCUGACCGACUUGUUGCAGCUGGAUGGGACAAAUCUGUAGCUGUAAAAGUGAUGCCACUUUGCAUCCGCGGCUGCCCUGGCGACUUCGUUGGAGAGGACGAUCCAGAAAGACCGACCUUCAAAGAGAAUCAUUUGGCCUUCUACUUCAAUAAGUGCGCCAAGUGUGAAGCAUUCUAA